GCCUCGUGCACAGGACUCACAUGUCCUCCUGCCCCGUGGACAAACCCGCAGAGAUGCUCGACGUGGGCGACAAGGUCUGGGUCAAGCUCAUCGGGAGAGAGAUGAAGGAUGACAAACUGAAGCUCUCCCUCUCCAUGAAGGUUGUUCACCAAGGCACGGGGAAGGACCUGGAUCCCAACAACGUUUCCCUUGACCAGGAUGAGAGGAAGAAACGCAGCUUCAGGGACUACACGAGCCAGAAGAUCACCCUGGAGGCUGUGCUGAACACGGUGUGCAAGAAGUGUGGCUGCAAAG